UUCACUGUUCUACUGCAACCGGAAACGGUAGAAAGUCUCCGGAUACGUUGAGGAGCGGGAAGUUGAAUUUACGGAAACGUAAACAAACAACAAUGGGGGACAGGAACACAUUGCGAGAGCUCAAGAGAUGGGCAACGGAGGAAUUCAAUCUACCAGCCAAAAGUCUUCCCAAUGACAAGUACUUCAAAACGUUAUGUGUUGGACACGGGGCCUCAAUAUGGAAAUAUAUCACACAACAUGUUCACCAUCAGAGGAAUGUGAGGAUUAUGCGAGGGAACCUCCAAUGGUACAAACUUCUGCAAGAUAAAGAGUUGAAGCAGGUGGAGGGCCAGAGUGAGGCAGUGAGGAGGCAGGACCUGCUGCAGCAGAUCCAGGAAGUGAGUUCUGAGCUGACCCACCUGGACAGCCAGAUCCAAGGCACCGAGGCCCAGCUGGCCACCGAGGAGCAGUCGAUAGGCUGCAGCGAGGGCAGGGCGGAGGAAAGCCAGCGCAGAGAGCUCCUGCUGCAGGCCUUUAGGCAGCGCUGCGCCCGGGAACGCCACACCCUGUCAGAUCACACCCACAACAUCAGCAGCUUCUGUCAGACUCUGGAGGAGCUAGCCAGGAAAGCUGAGGUAGAGGUGGUGUUCAGGAAUGAAGGAUCCAACAGCAGCAGUGGAGAAUACCUGAACCCACCUGUGGCAGAGCCUCAGGUCCUGUGUGAGAUGAGAGAGCUGUGCGAGGAAAGACUAGCCUUCUUCCAGUCUCUCCAGGAGAGUGAGCUGAAGACGCAGACUGCCUCGGCCUCGUAUAUCUCCCGUGAAGACAGGACUAAGGUGUUUCAGCAUUGGCUAAGUACUGUGGAGGACGUGAUGAAGACCUUCCCCCCAGACCAGGUGUUAUCCGCCCUGCAGCACCUGGCCGUGGCCCAGGGCGCGGCUCUGGAGGACAAGCUGGCCUCUCUGGAUGUGGCUGGAGAUGUGAAGGCUCUAAGGUUCCGCUACGAAGACAACCACCUGCUUGACAUCUCCAGACAGGAAGAGGAGGAGCUACCGCCAGUGAAGACUCUGCUACAAGCAGCAUGGGAGGAGGUAGAGGAGAGCCUGAUGGAGCUGUCCCAGACCAGGGCCCGGGUCCAGCAGCUCCAGGCCCAGGCCCAGAAGAAGGAGGCCGAGCUGGAGAUGACGACAGGAGGUCAGGAGUCACUAAGCGAGAGCCUGGCACUGACUGUCCUGGACGUGGAGCUGCAGGGCGUGACGCAGGCAGCAGUCAGAGACAGCGUCCGAGAGCAGUGCCAGCUCAUGGACCAGCAGGCCAGGGACAGACAGGAAGCCCUCAGGAACCUCCACAGCCAAUGGCAGAGCAUCCUGGACUUCAGACAGCUGGUGGACACCAGACAAGAACAGAUCAGAGGGCUGAUCAAGGCUAACUCCUCCACCAAGACUGAAUUAACUCGUCUGCACAAGGAGGUGGGCCAGUUCUUCCAGGAGAAGCUGGGGCCAGAGUUCAGUGAUGUCAUCACAGCCGCCGACUGCCUUCGGAACUGCGUUUCCCAGGAGGCCCGGAAGUUUGGCACGGUGUCGCUAGCCGCUCUGGACCGCAGGGUUGUGGAUGGCAAGCAGAGGGUCCCAGCUGCAUGGUUGUCCAUCCAUCGGGUCCACGCCCCCUCCUUUCAUAGUUUGUGCCAGAGCCUGGACUUCCCUCUCUAUAAGGCCCCAGAGCAGCUGUGCUCCCAGGUUCUCUCCCAGCAUCUAGAGCUGAGGUUCCUACGUCACCUGCUGCGACUCCACUCCACCUCCCAGGAGAGCAUCCAGCGCCAGCAGACCCUGCUGCCCGUCCCUGACCAGCAAGCCCUGCUGUCCAGGGUGGUGGAGGAAGACACGGAGAUCCUUCAGUCUCUGCUGCCCAGAAUCAGGAAGCUGAACCAGCGCUGCUCUCAGGGCCUGGACUACGGCAGCCAAGUCAAGAUGGCCGUCACCCAUUGGUGGGACCAGCCUGCCCAGCUAGCUCUGCCUGAGAUGCGUCAAGAUGGGCUGAUCUUCCAACAGUGGCUCCAGAGGUGGAAACUAGCAGCCAAGAUAUCCUGAUGCACCGGAGAAGCUUAGCUGGCUGAGCUGAUGCCCCAAAUACGAGCACAAAACCUCAGGUCUGAAGCCUGGAAGCAUGUCUCCCGACCACCUCUGUUACAAGAGGAGAGACGGCAUGAAAUCUAAGAGAUGACUACGACUCGUUUUAACGACGGAUGUUUUUUUUGUUGUACUGUACACUGUCAGUCUACUUACCUUCAUCAUACGAAGAUGCACCAAAACCCACCACUCCUGUUGUCGUUUUUAGUAUUUCUACUACUAUUACUACUAUACUCUCACCCAGACUUUAGAAUGAGUUAAGCCUUCACGGAUUACUGUAUCAUUACUAAUAAAUCACUUUUUAAUAGCUAA